AUGCAUCAGGGUUCACAUUCCAUUUUGCUCUUACUUGAUUCCUCUCUCAACUCUUUCACUCUUUGCUCUUUUCUCUUUCAUCCAUCUUUCUCUUCUAUUUCCUCACUAUCAUCUGAACUCAUGUAUAAGACGCAUACUAACCUCCUCCCACCUUGCUCUCCUCCUCCCUCCUCCUUGCUCUCCUCCUCCCCUCCUCCUUGCUCUCCUCCUCCCUCCUCCUUGCUCUCCUCCUCCCUCCUCCUUGCUCUCCUCCUCCCUCCUCCUUGCUCCUCCUCCCUCCUCCUUGCUCUCCUCCUCCCUCCUCCUUGCUCUCCUCCUCCCUCCUCCUUGCUCUCCUCCUCCCUCCUCCUUGCUCUCCUCCUCCCUCCUCCUUGCUCUCCUCCUCCCUCCUCCUUGCUCUCCUCCCUCUUUUCUCUUUGUCUAUUUUUUUCUUCCUUCCCCCUUUUUUUUUCUUCUUUUUUAAUUUCUUUCUCUUCAUUAAACUGUUCUCCUGGUUUUAUCCUCUUUUUCUGCUUUUGCCUUCUUGCUCUUUUCAAUAAUUUGAAAUAUUUACCUUUCUUUUUUACCUUCUUAUCCCAUUUUCAACAUGAGGGUGAUAGGGUGCAUUCUUCUCUCUCUCGAUCACCCCCUCACCUCUAUGCUACUGUCACCUCCUCCAUCGCCUCGCCUUCUGGACUAUCCCCUGUCAGAGAUAAGUAUUUGGUUCCACAUGAUAGCGAUUCAUUAUUUGUAUUUUAG